CUUUAGUCUGUAAGUCUCGCUUCGAUCGCAAGGAAAGCUGAAAGCUGGACAGAAAGACAACCGAAGUAAAGCCGAAGUGUGUGCACGGUUCGAGGGUCCAGCAUCGAGUGCGGACCACUUUUCAGAUCGGUCAAGUCUAAGCCGAAAAAGUGAGAGUAACAAAUAACAAAAAGAGCACGAGCGGAGCGGUCGAUCGUUUGCUCUCCCGAUCAUUCAUUUUUCUCUUUCUUGAUUCGAAAAGCGGAAAGAAAGUAAAGCGAUUACUUAAUCCACGUUCCGCGUUCCAGCAUUCAACGGCCACACCAGCCAGAGGCGCCUCUACACCCGCCUCUCCCUCCCCCCGAUGACAGCUUUUGGGAGGAGAAAACAAAAGUUUUUUUUUUUGAGGGGACAAAGACAAAAAGGCCAGCGACCCAGAGAUCUAACCAGCUAUCGAUACCAUAUUAUCAUUGAUAAUUUAGAAAGCGAAGCUGCAUACCAAAUAGGCAACUAGAUCUGGACAUCCACAGCGACACUCUCCCAUUGCGGUGAUCGUGGACCCAUCCACAGUUUGCUUUCAGUUACAGUCCGGGGUCGUGGCUCUACCUUGAGGCUUUCUCCUGCAGCAACGCGUUCAAAUUGUCUGUGGAUUGUGCUUCAAAGUUAAAGUAAAGUGCACUUGCAACAUUAUACCUGGUGUCUAGACCGCAAAAAGCAAAAAGCGGUGAUAAUGAUACGCUUCACGCUCUUGAUAGUGCUCAUGCCGCUGGUCUGUGUCGAUUCCGGUAACAAAGCACCAUAUCCCGCCAUAGCAUCGGUAGCAGCCGCUUCCAUUCAUCCUCCACCCGCAACGGGCAAUGUGCCGCACAAUUUCCAUCAUCAUCAACACAGCCACAAUGGCAACAGCAACAGCAGCAGUAGAGGAAAUAUUCCAGUCAACGCCAGAAGAGAGGAGACUCCAGCCCCAGGGGCUACCCCUGAGGAGGUCGUCUCCAAUGGCCUCCGUGACAAGCGAGGCACAAAUCAGGCGGCAGCAAAUGCCAAUGCGACGCCCGGCUUCCAGUUGGAUCAAAGCGAACUCCAGCGGCAGAAUCAGAUAACCCAACAGAUAUUCGCCAACUAUUUGGAGCGGCGACUGUUUCCGAAUCGCAGUGCCAACCAAAAGAUUCCCACCAUUGCGGACAUCCUCCCGAAGCCAAAGCCAUCGGCCAGGCCUCGUCCCCGUGGCUUUGCGGCCAACGAUGGUGGUCUCAAGCGGAGCGGCGGUGGGGCACAGCGGAAUCGUCUGGCAGCAGCGGCGGCCAAGCGGCAGACAAGCAACUCCCAAAAGAAUCGAGGCUUCGAGGAGGAGCAACAGCAGGAGGAGGACCAACAGCCGCAGGCUGCCGCCAAUCAGGAGGACUUCGAUGACGAUGUCCAGGAGUCGUUGCAGAGCGUGGAAUCGGAGCAGCAUGAUCAGUACUAUGGCAACAUAUUCCAUCGGGAUCCCAGCGAGAAUGAGAUCGAUGCGGACUGCCCGAACUGCGUGGACGAGUCACAGUACACGCCGAACAAAUGGACAAUGCCGCUGCUGAAGCUCGGGGAGAAGCGCUAUUACCUGGGCAUCUUCUUCAAGGCAAACUGGUUCAAAGCCACACAAUACUGCCGCUACCAUGGCAUGCAUUUGGCGAGCAUUUCAUCACAGGAAGAGAACGAUAGACUGGAGAAGCACAUACGUGACUUUGGCCUGGGCCACGAACAUUUCUGGAUUUCCGGCACGGAUCUGGCCGACGAGGGCAACUUCUUCUGGAUGGCCACCGGUCGUCCGAUUACAUUCACUAACUGGAAUGCCGGGGAGCCGAACAAUUUCCGUUACGAGAACGGGGAGGAGGAGAACUGCCUGGAGCUGUGGAAUCGCGAUGGCAAGGGCCUCAAGUGGAACGACUCCCCCUGCAGCUUCGAGACAUAUUUCGUUUGUGAGGUGCAACCGAAUUAGGAGGCGCCACACCACACAGAGCGCGCACACACACACACACACACAUCCAUUUUAGGCAUAUAAAGAUUAGUGAUCAAAGGUUAACAUUAACAGGGGGUUAAAGUGCUUUGACCCCCAGGUUGAAGUGAAAGUUACAAGUGAAAGUGGAAGUGGAAGAAAAACAGUGAGAGAAAGUAGGGUUUUAUGUAUGUAAUCUAAGUGUAUAAAAUUCUUGUUGAUAAUUAGAUAGUAGGCGUAAUUAAAUUAUAAUUAGAAUUCUCUCCGUCUGUCUUCUCAUGUAAAUCUGAUAUACAAAAAAAAAUACAA